UGCAAAUACAGUGUUUUCAAAGCUGUUGACGUCUCUAACUUAGAGUCUAAGUUCUCAAUUUAUAUAUUAUAGACACUAAGAUAGAGCAUUUUGUCUAUAGUAAUGUCUUGUUUUAUUAAUCGAGUAAGUGUUUCAACUUAAAAUGUUUAAAGCAUUUGGCUCGUGUGCGUGUUUUUACAGAAGUUGUCUGGAAGUAUGGAAUACUAUAAAAUCUCGUGCUUUAAUGGCAGCAGCAGUGGGAAAAUCCACAAAAUUGAGUAAAACAAAACCUGAAAAAUCUAAAAAUGUUGAACCACCACAGAUUAGUCAAACAUCAACUUCCCCUUCCCUGGUUAAGAAAUUUAGUGAACUCAGCAUCAAGAAAACAGAAGAACCUAAAACUAAAAAGAACUCUAAAACAAAACAACCAUCUCGUGCCUGUUCAUCCAGUAGCAGUAAACAUGAAAAUUACAAAACAUUAGAUGAUAUUGCUGCACACAUUCUGAGACCAACCACCACUAAAAUUGUAGUAAUGGCUGGAGCUGGCAUCAGUACUCCAAGUGGAAUACCAGAUUUUAGGUCUCCUGGUACAGGAUUGUAUGAUAACAUUCAGAAGUAUAACUUGCCAUAUCCAGAGGCAGUGUUUGACAUUGAUUACUUCUACAUGGACCAAAGACCCUUUUUUGCACUAGCCAAAGAACUAUACCCAGGAAAUUAUUCCCCAAAUGAAGUCCAUUAUUUUGUGAAACUUUUACAUGAGAAGAAGAAAUUGCUCAGAAUGUAUACUCAGAAUAUAGAUGGACUGGAAAGGUUAGCAGGAAUACCAUCAGAGAAACUAGUAGAAGCCCAUGGUUCUUUCAACACUGCUUCCUGUAUCAAGUGUGGAACAAAAUAUUCUUCUGAGGAGAUUAAAGUAAGAAAACUUGUUAUACUAAUUUUUCAACCCUUGGCACAUAAGGUUUCAUUCAAUAAUUUUAGAGUAUCAGUGAUGUUUUUUGAAAUUCUGGAGCUUUAUUACUCUGUAAAAGUAGCGUUUUUAAUGAAUCUCUCUCUCAAGGGGGUUGUGAAACCUGACAUUACAUUCUUUGGAGAGCAGCUUCCAGCACGAUUCUGGUACCACAUGACAGACAUGCCUCGUGCUGAUCUGUUAAUUGUAAUGGGCACAUCAUUAGAGGUUGAACCUUUUGCAAGCAUUUCAGAGUUAGUUUGGAAAAAAAUUCCCAGGUUAUUAAUUAACAGAGAUACUGUGGGUUCAUUCAGGGCAGGUGGAGAGAAUGAUGUGAUCCAGACUGGUGAUAUCUUGGAAAAUGUUAAUUCCCUAAUUCACAAACUGAAUUGGGAAAGUGAUUUUAAGAAGAUACUGGUUAAAUAAUGAGUUGUAUGAUAUAAAAUUGUAUUUUUUAGUAAAUAAAUUUUCUAAUUACAUAAUAAGUUUACUUGCAUUUUAU